GACGUGGUGCGGGGGAGCAGGGCAUCGAUAUAAAGUACGUCAGUGGAAUUCCUAAGAUAGUCCCAGUGACAAACCGAGGAUCAAAAAACUCGACAUUGAGCAGCUAGAAUGGAACAUAACUUAUUCUAACGUCCAAUCUCUGCCAUCUAAACUGCUCGAGUUGACCUUGUUCGCAUCAAGUUCCAAACCAACGUUCAUACUCAUCUCGGAAUCAUGGCUCCACCCCGGUAUUCCUGACAGCAUAGUGUCCAUUCCAGGAUACACCCUACAUAGGAACGAUAGCUUAACUACAGUCGGCUAUGGCGGAGUUUGUGCCUAUGUCUGCGAUGCUGUCGCGUCCAGAUUUAGCGUUAAGGUUUCUUCCUUGUCCUUGCCUGGUCUCGACAACAUAACCCUGGAUAUUUCUCUCAAUGGGACUGAAAUCUUAACUGUAGUAUGCAUUUAUAGACCUCGGCCCAGUCCUCACGAUAGCAAAUUGUGUCGUCAUCUUGCUGACCUAUCUAGUUCGAAAAAAAACUUAUUCAUUGUCGGGGACUUCAACAUGCCAGACGUUCAAUGGCCCUUAACAAAUGAUAGAUCAUGCAGCUCCGCUUCAGCCAUUUAUGUCGACACUAUUAGAGAAAACAACCUUUUUCAGUUGGUGGACCAGCCAACUCGUUUCAGAAAAAACCAGAACCCAUCUCUGCUUGACCUCAUUCUAGUAAAUGACCCUCAUCUUAUAGCAUCCACUGAGUUCCUCCCACCAUUUGGUCGGUCAGACCACGUUACUUCUGUAUCGAAGGUGCAACUCAGCAUUCCAAAAUCUAGUAAAGUCACCAAGCGUAUUAAGAUCAUAAAUUAUGAUGCUCUCAACACCAAGCUUCAGAACAUUGUCUGGAGUGAUGUUUUACAGUCGACUGAUUGUGUUGAAUCCAUGUGGUCCGCUUUCACUAGCACACUGUCACACGAACUCGAAACUUGUACAACGUAUCGCUCUAAGGUUGUUAUACUCUCCAAACCUUGGAUUGAUCAGAGCAUGCUCCGUAUGAUGAGAACUAAGAAAUCCUUGUGGCAACGAUAUUUGCGCAGUCGAAGAGACACGGACUCAUGGUUGCCAGAGCGGCAGUGCUUCAGAGUCUGCAGAGAUCUUGAGUGAAACUUUCGCUGAAUCCUUUGUUUCUGUGCCUCUCAAUAGUCCCAAGCUGAACCUCCCUAGCUCUGUCAACCAGUUGGAGCAUGUCGAGUUCCCUCCGUCGGUUGUUGAGAAGUACCUAUCUUCUCUUGAUGUCGGUAGUGCACCCGGUGGUGAUGGAAUUUCUGCUAAACUCCUAAAAAACUGCGCAUCCUCGCUUUCUCUGCCCCUUUCGACGAUUUUCACAAAAUCUUUCAUCACGCAUACAUUGCCAAAAUGCUGGAGAGAGGCCCUGGUCACACCUAUCUUCAAAAAGGGAGACAAACUCGAUCCUAACAACUAUAGGCCAAUAAGUCUCGUUCCAAUUGUCGCCAAAAUCUGCGAAAAGAUAAUUCACGAGUCGAUGCUACAUUUUGCACUCGCCAAUGGUAUUAUUCCUGACUGUCAGCACGGUUUUCUCCCAGGCCGCUCCGUGAUCACCAACCUUCUGACUUGUGUCAACGACUGGAGUUCAAAGCUGGAUGCUGGAAAUCCUGUUGACGUUGUCUAUCUUGACUUCUCAAAGGCUUUUGACCGCGUGUCUCAUAAACUUCUCCUUUUGAAGUUAGAAAGUCUCGGCAUUCGUGGUGACCUCCUGUUGUGGCUCGAAGCCUUUUUGUCUGAUAGAGUUUUUCAAGUUCGCGUA